AUGCCACGAGCAGCUUGGAAAGGUCCAUUCUUUGUCGCAUUCCCUGGCCUUCGUCAAGCCAUUCAGAAUGGCACUCCCAUUGCAACACAGGCUCGCAGCUGCACCAUUCUUCCUUCAUUUGUUGGCCUCAAAUUCCUUGUUCACAAUGGAAAGGACUACAUUCCAAUCAACGUUACGGAAGAAAUGAUUGGACACAAGCUCGGUGAAUUCGCUUCUACUCGAAAGAGAUUCUCGUACCGAUUCACCAAAGCCAAAUAG